AUGACCAUAGACGACAACGACAUCGGAGGCUCGUUUACCGGGGCAAUGAAAGAUAUAAAUCUUGAGGAUACAGAGUACUCUCGGACUACCCUCCAAAACAUGCCCUACAACCAAUUAGCCCUAGCUAAGUCAGACAUUGAAAGAACUCUCGAGUCACUCUUUGAUCUCUUGACCUACAAGUACAAAUUCGACAUGCAUCUGCCACUAGUUAUCAAUGGUUUCCCUCGGAGUGAUGUUGAUGUGGUGACGAUACGGCUUAUCCGAAUUAAGAUCAUACGUUUGCGUAAUGACCAUGCCUUCGUUCUUCAGCUACUAGAAGCUCACUUGGUGGAAAGAUUGCAAGGGAGUAACCCAACAGAUGAAGAAGUUACUACUACCAUUGAAGUUGUUCCAUCCCAAAAUUACUUCCCGUUUGCUGUAGUUCGCGAAGUAGCAUCUAACGGCCCAGCAGAUAAGAGUGGACUACGCACUGGAGAUACCAUCACUCUUUUUGACUCCAAUAUCCAUGCUGGAAACCAUAAUAAGCUUUCAGCAUUGGCAGGGAGAGUUCGGGAGAAGGUUGGGAGGGAUAUUCCUGUGGAGUUAAUCCGGGAGGGUCAGAAAGUGCAAGUUACAUUGGUCCCUACAGAUAAUUGGGGAGGACGAGGUGUACUCGGGUGCCUUUUAGUUCCUCUUUAA